AUGGUUGAUUGGUAUCAGCUAGCUCAGUCGAUUAUCUUGGGUUUGAUCUUCGCUUACCUUCUAGCUAAGCUAAUCUCCAUCCUCGUCGCGUUUAAAGACGAAAACCUCUCCCUCACUCGCAACCACGAGACCGAAUCAGACUAUGGCUUGCGAAAGGUCGAAUCUUCAACCGGAAUUGGCGGCGAGACGGAUUCUCUUAUAGCAGAGCAAGGCAGCUUGAGAGGUGACGAUGACGAGGACGAUGAAGACGAUGAGGACGACGAUUGGGAAGGUGUAGAAAGUACAGAACUUGACGAAGCAUUCAGUGCCGCGACGGCCUUUGUAGCUGCUGCUGCAUCGGACCGGCUUUCGCAGAAAGUGUCAAACGAAUUGCAACUUCAGCUUUACGGAUUGUAUAAGAUUGCUACUGAAGGACCUUGUACUGCUCCACAACCAUCAGCUCUUAAAAUGACUGCUCGUGCUAAGUGGCAAGCGUGGCAGAAACUGGGUGCUAUGCCUCCAGAGGAAGCAAUGGAGAAGUAUAUCGAUCUUGUUACUCAGCUGUACCCAGCUUGGGUCCAAGGUGGCUCGAAAGGAAGAUCUCGUAGCAGCGGUGAUGCUGCAGGCUCCUCCAACUCGAGAGCAGCCAUGGGACCGGUGUUUAGCUCAUUGGUGUACGAAGAAGACGCCGAAAAUGACUUGAAGAUUGAUGCUAUUCACGCCUAUGCAAGAGAAGGAGAAGUGGAAAAUCUACUGAAAUGCAUAGAAAAUGGCAUACCAGUAAACGCAAGAGACAGUGAAGGUCGAACACCGUUGCAUUGGGCUAUAGACCGAGGCCACAUGAAUGUUGCUGAAGCUCUGCUUGAUAAGAACGCCGAUGUUAAUGCUAAAGAUAAUGAAGGCCAAACCUCUCUGCACUACGCUGUAGUGUGCGAGAGAGAAGCUCUUGCAGAGUUUCUAGUGAAGCAGAAAGCUGAUACAAGCAUUAAAGAUGAAGAUGGAAACUCACCUCUUGAUCUCUGGUUUGUCUCUCAGUCCCCGAUUCCCGCUUUCUCCGAUCGGCGCCGCCGAGAUUCUAGAUAA